GGCGUGGAGCAGAGGUGACAGGGUAAGGAGGAAAGGCAGCAUUCGCGACCGCCACUGUACUGCCUGCUACGGCGCGGAGCGGAACGAGGCGUCUUCGGUUGUUCAACAGAGGUCAAAUCUGACGAAGAUAUUCUGAGGGAACCGUUCUUUACUUGGCCCGACACAUUUGUCCUUCAUUAUGUUCUGCAGAAGCAUCACCUGGUUCACCUGCGUUUUUAUGGCAGUAGUCAUAGCUUCUGACUACAAUGACAGAGGUUUCAUUACAGGAUUCGAUCCUGAAGUCACAGUUGAUCAGUUAAGAACCGACAGUCCAGAGUUGUCUACAACAACAGAACGAGCUCAGAAGGUUGAGGGGAGCACAGCUGGGGACCUGGCCGCCCUGCUCGACGCCGGCGAUGGAGCCGUGGUGACGCUGGUGGCGGGUGACACGAGGCUGGUGGCGCACCGGGCCGUGCUGGCUGCCAGAAGUCCCGUGUUCCAGGAAAUGUUCCAGCACGACCCGCUGGAGGCCAGCGGCGGCCGGGUCGUCAUCCCAGACGUGGAGGGCCCGGUGCUGCGCCACCUGCUGUCCUACAUGUACACCCUCCAGGCCCCCCAGCUGCCCAGCGUGGCCCCCCAGGUGCUGGCGGCAGCUGACAGCUACGGCUUGCCCCACCUGAAGGCCGCGUUCGAGCAGCAGGUGGCCGCACAGCUGUCGGUGGAGAACGCGGUUGCCACGGCUCUGCUCGCGCUGAGGCACUCCUGCCCUGUCCUGAAGCAGGCCGCCGUCACAUUCAUUAAGGCCCACACUCUCCAGGUGGUGAUGACGCAGGGCUGGGCAGACGCUGCAGUCAGCCACCCACACUAUGUUGUAGAUUUAACUCGACUGAUUGCAGAGCCACCUGCACAAACCAGUACCGCAGCCACUACAGAGAGCAGGUCAGCACCCAUCACUCGCUCCCACGGCGACUACGGCCAAACUGCUGUCACAGCCCCACCACACGUGGCAACUUGCCACACCCCUCCACCUGACGAUGCCACUGUACGUCGGAUGCGGAUACUUUCCCAAGAGGAGAGAGGCAGGAGGCUGAUCAAGGCAGCUAAGGAGGGAGCAGUGGAGAAGCUGCAGGCACUGCUCGCCGCGGGGGCAGAUGUGGGGGUGAGGGAUGAGGACAGGAACACUGCUCUGCACUGGGCAGUGGCCGAGGGACACGUAGGAGCAGCGAUGUGUUUGCUGGAGGCUGGGGUGGACGUGGCCGCCAUGAACAACGAGAAGAACACACCUCUGCACUCGGCUGCAUACAGAGGACGUGAGGCCAUGGUGCAGCUGCUUGUGGCCUUCUUUGCUGAUCCCAAUGCUAGGAAUGGGGUUGGGUGGACGCCGCUGCACAGGGCCGCAUCCUAUGGCAAAGAAGAGGCGGCGGCUGCACUGCUGGAGGCAGGAGCCGACAGGUGGGCAAGGGACGACAGCGGGGCCGUCCCCCGACAUCUCGCCAGGCAGAACAAACACCAGCAACUGGUAGAGUUGCUAACAUCAAGCUUUCCGUCCUACUGAUUUCUGGUGUAUAAAAAACAAAGCUUAACUGUAUGACUCUUCAUUAUUUUUGAAAUAAAAAUUACAAGAAAGCAA